UAUCACACACACGUCUCCCUAUAUCUCUUCCUCUCCCGUUUUCUUAAUCUUUCCUUCGGAGGAUGAGAUAGGUAGCUCCGUUUCCAAAACCCCUUCAAUGGCUUUGCCCUCUUCAUGAUAAUCUCUGCUGAACCCUUAUACCUCUCGGAAAAACCAUCAGUUGCAGCUUUUACGUUUGUGCUUUGUAUUUUCCACAUUGUUUUGUUGUAGCUCAGUUGCUUGAGCUAUUGCUUCUUUUUCCUCGGAACCUUUACUCUCCCUUGUUCAAUACAUAAAAGCUCUUGAGACUUUCUGUUUUGCUAUCUGGUUGAAAAUGGCACCCAGAAACAAUCGUGGAAAGGCGAAAGGAGAGAAGAAGAAGAAAGAAGAGAAGGUUCUUCCAGUUGUUAUGGAUAUCACUGUAAACCUUCCCGACGAAACUUGUGUCAUUUUAAGGGGAAUAUCGACGGAUAGGAUAAUUGAUGUUCGUCGGCUUUUAUCAGUAAACACCGAGACGUGUAACAUCACCAAUUUUUCACUAUCGCACGAGGUAAGAGGGCCACGUUUGAAAGACACAGUGGACGUUUCCGCACUGAAGCCCUACCUCCUGACUUUGGUGGAAGAGGAGUACGAUGAAGUACGCGCGGUGGCGCACGUUAGAAGGUUGCUGGACAUCGUCGCCUGCACGACCAGCUUUGGCUCGUCAUCAACGACCAAGGACUGUUCCAAGUCCGAGGCUAGUAAGAAUGCGUCGGGUGCGCAGGAUAAGGCCGCCGCUAAGAAAUCCACCACCGCCAUCCCUGGUGGCAGCAGCAAGGCUCAAGGGACUGCUGUCAAGCAGGACCUGGCAAUGGAGGGGGAAGGAGAUAUAACCCACUCGUGCCCCAAGCUCGGAACCUUCUACGACUUCUUCUCUCUCUCCCAUCUCACUCCUCCUCUACAGUUUAUAAGGAGAGCAAUAAGUCGACAUUUCAAUGACAUUUCAGCGGAUGAUCAUCUGUUCUCCCUAGAUGUGAAGCUUUGCAAUGGGAAGGUGGUUCAUGUGGAAGCUUGCAGAAAGGGAUUCUCUAGCUUUGGAAAGCAGCGAAUCCUUUGUCACAACCUUGUUGAUCUGUUGCGACAACUUAGUAGAGCUUUUGAUAAUGCUUACAAUGAUCUCAUGAAAGCAUUUUCAGAACGUAACAAGUUUGGGAAUCUUCCUUAUGGCUUCAGAGCCAACACAUGGUUGGUUCCUCCUGUUGCAGCACAAUUACCCUCAGUUUUUCCUCCCCUGCCAGUGGAAGAUGAAAGUUGGGGAGGAAAUGGAGGUGGUCUAGGAAUAGAUGGAAAAAGUGAUCUUAUUCCUUGGGCUAAUGAGUUUAUGUUGCUUGCAUCCAUGCCUUGCAAGACGGCAGAGGAAAGGCAGGUUCGAGAUAGGAAGGCAUUCCUUCUUCACAGUCUAUUCGUUGAUGUUGCCAUUUUCAGAGCCAUCAAAGCCAUCCAGCUUGUAAUGGAACAGCCGAUAUUAAAUUGUUCCGUUUCUGAUGGUCAAAUUCUCUACAAUGAUAGAGUAGGAGAUUUGAGCACCGUGGUCAUGAAAGAUGCUUCUAAUGCAUGCUGUAAGGUAGAUACUAAAAUUGAUGGAAUUCAAGCAACUGGACUGGAUCAAAAGAAUCUAGUAGAAAGAAACCUAUUGAAAGGGAUCACUGCUGAUGAAAAUACUGCUGCCCAUGACAUUGCCACUCUAGGUGUUGUUAAUGUAAGAUAUUGUGGCUACACCGCUGUAGUAAAAGUUGCACGGAGAGAGAAUGACAAGGCCAGUAAUCCAUCUCAAAGCAUUGAACUCCUUGAUCAGCCUGAAGGAGGUGCUAAUGCCCUCAAUAUUAAUAGUUUGAGAUUACUUCUUCACAAGACAGCACCUUCAGAGCCCAAUAAACCAGUAUCACAUGUCCAAACUUUGGAGCGUGAAGAGCUUAGUGCUUCCCAAGCUUCUGUAGAGAGACUCUUGGAAGAAAGUCUUGCUAAGCUUGAGGAAGAGGAAAUAGGAUCGGACCAUGUUGUGCGGUGGGAACUUGGAGCCUGCUGGAUACAACAUUUGCGAGACCAAAAAAAUACAGAAAAAGAUAAGAAGCCAUCUGGUGUAAAGAAGGAAAUGAAGGUUGAGGGGCUUGGGACAAAUCUCAGAUACCUUAAGAACAACAAGAAGAAAUCAGAUGGAAGCAAUAUGAAAGUGCAGUCUGAAAACUCAAUAUCCCAUCCAGAAGGUGUUAUUGGGGAAGUUAAAAGUUCUAUUUUGCCUCUGAUAGAAUCUCAGCUUGAGAGUGAUGUGAAAGAAAAUGAGCUUACAAUGAAGAGGAUGUUGUCUGAAACAGCCUUUACUCGACUAAAAGAAUCAGAAACUGGUCUUCAUUGCAAGUCUUUGCCAGAACUAAUUGACUUGUCUCGGAAAUAUUACACUGAAGUUGCUCUUCCUAAACUGGUAGCAGAUUUUGGCUCACUGGAGCUCUCGCCAGUUGAUGGUCGGACUCUUACUGAUUUCAUGCAUACCAGAGGUCUUCGAAUGCGGUCUUUGGGACAUGUAGUCAAGCUUUCAGAAAAGCUGCCGCAUGUCCAGUCACUCUGUAUUCAUGAGAUGAUUGUGCGAGCGUUUAAGCACAUUCUUCAGGCAGUGAUUGCUGUUGUUGACAACACGGAGAAAAUAGCAGUAUUAAUAGCUGCUGCAUUGAAUAUGAUGCUUGGGGUUCCAGAAAAUGAGGAAUCAAAUAGAUCUUGCAAUGCCCAUUCCCUUGUGUGGAGGUGGCUGGAGGUCUUCUUGAGGAAGCGAUAUGAAUGGGAUCUUAGUAGCUUGAACCACAAAGAUGUUAGAAAAUUUGCGAUUCUACGUGGACUAUGUCAUAAGGUUGGUAUAGAGCUGGUUCCAAGGGAUUUUGAUAUGGACUCUCCACAACCAUUUCGGAAAUCAGAUGUUGUCGGUUUGGUCCCAGUGCAUAAGCAAGCAGCCUGUUCAUCAGCAGAUGGGAGGCAACUCCUAGAAUCAUCGAAAACAGCUUUAGAUAAGGGAAAACUUGAGGAUGCAGUUGUCUAUGGGACAAAGGCUCUUGCGAAGCUGGUAGCAGUUUGUGGUCCCUACCAUCGGAUGACAGCAGGAGCUUACAGCCUCCUUGCUGUUGUUUUGUAUCACACUGGAGAUUUUAAUCAGGCUACAGUUUAUCAACAGAAAGCUUUGGACAUCAAUGAGAGAGAGCUGGGUCUUGACCAUCCAGAUACAAUGAAGAGUUAUGGGGAUCUUGCUGUAUUCUAUUACAGACUUCAACACACGGAGCUGGCUCUCAAGUAUGUAAAGCGGGCAUUGUAUCUUCUACAUCUCACGUGCGGUCCAUCUCAUCCAAACACUGCUGCAACAUACAUCAAUGUGGCUAUGAUGGAGGAAGGCCUCGGGAAUGUGCAUGUUGCCCUCAGAUAUCUCCACAAAGCUCUGAAGUGUAACCAAAGGCUACUCGGCCCUGACCAUAUUCAGACAGCAGCAAGCUACCAUGCAAUUGCAAUAGCACUGUCAUUGAUGGAAGCAUAUCCUUUAAGUGUUCAGCAUGAGCAAACAACCUUGCAAAUUCUACGAGCAAAGCUUGGCCCAGAUGACCUGCGUACUCAGGAUGCUGCUGCUUGGCUUGAGUACUUUGAGUCCAAGGCUCUUGAACAGCAAGAAGCUGCACGGAAUGGUACUCGAAAGCCGGAUGCAUCCAUAGCCAGCAAAGGCCACCUAAGUGUGUCGGAUUUGCUUGACUACAUCAAUCCAAAUGAUGACACCAAAGGGAGAGAUGGGGCAGUAAAGAGGAGAAGCUAUAUUACAAAGGUGAAGGGAAAAUCUUAUCAAAAUAUAAGCCUCGUAGGUUCUGAUGAAUCUCCAAAAGAAACCCCAAAAGAGGUUUCAAAAGAAGUUUCUGAUGAAGAGACACCUAUGCUUGAAACAGAAGGUAGUGCAGAUGAUAACCAAGAGAAUAGCUCUAUUCCUGUUGAGUCCCAAAAUUUUGUUGUGCAAAAGAAUGAAGAGGAAAAUCCAAAUAUAGCCAAUGAAAUAUUUUCUGAAAUGCAUGCUGAAGGAGAGGAUGGAUGGCAACCAGUUCAAAGGCCAAGAUCGGCUGGCUCACAUGUUCGGCGACUGAAGCAGCGCCGUGCCAGUAUUGGCAGGGUCUAUAGUUAUCAGAAAAAGAAUGUGGAUACUGAUAUGGAGUAUUUUCCAUUUAAGAAUACUCAAAAGAAUACCAAGUAUUACCUAUUAAAGAAACGGACAAUUUCUCAUGGGAGUUAUACAGAUCACCAAGCAGUGAACCCUGCCCAAGCUACCAAAUUUGGACGGAGAAUAGUGAAAGCUGUAACAUACCGGGUCAAGUCAAUUCCUUCAUCUACCAAAAGUAUUACAACAAAUGCCCCUAGAAAUAGUGGGCAGCUAGUAGGUUCUCCAUUACCUUGUCCGACUUCUGCACAAAAUGAUGUUGGUCCAGUGAAAAAUUCAAUUGUAGGUCUUGGAAAAUCUCCUUCCUACAAGGAAGUCGCAUUGGCCCCACCAGGCACCAUUGGUAAAUUUCAGGUCUGGGUGCCCCAAAGUGAUUUUUCAGAUAAACAGGAACUUGGCUUUGGAAAACACGAAGAGGGAAUUAAUGAAGUAAAAGGAAACGAUGAGCUCAUCCAAAUGGGGGUUGAAAGUAUAUCAGAAGGGAAUAAGAAUUCUAUAUUGAAUUCUACAGAUCAUUUGAAAGAGGAAAUAGGAAUUGCUGAGAAGCCGGAAGACACUCAGUUAACUGAUACAAUCGAAAAUAACUCUUCUUUGAAAGCAUCUGAUAUUGUGGAAGGACUUGAAUCUGGUAGUGUUGAGGUUCAAGAUGUGGUAGAGGCUAGCAUAUUGAUUGAUGGCGUGCCAGACUCUGUUGGUUCACCGAAAAGGGAUGUGAGUGGGAAGGAUUCAUCUAUCAGUACUGAAAUCCUCCAAAGUUCAAACUCAAUAUUGCAAGCAGUAGAGGAUUUGAAGGAGAAACCCUUGAUUCUGAAUGCAAGUGAUCCUCGAGGAUUUCCGAAUAAGAAGUUGUCUGCAUCAGCAGCUCCUUUCAAUCCCUCGCCAGUCAUUGCACGCCCUACGCCGCUUGCCAUGAAUAUUACUCUUCCUUCAGGUCCUGGUGCUGUUCCAGCUAUUGCACCUUGGCCAGUAAACAUGAAUGUUCACCCUGGGCCUGCAACUGUCCUAUCCACAGUUAGUCCUAUCUGCUCCUCCCCUCACCACCCAUACCCAUCACCUCCACCAACCCCAAACAUGAUGCAGCCAUUGCCCUUUGUGUAUCCUCCCUAUACUCAAAACCAAGCAGUUCCAACCAGCAAAUUUCCUGUAACGAGUAGUACCUUUCAUCCCACUCAUUUCACAUGGCAGUGUAAUGUGAACCCAACUGUAUCAGAGUUUAUUCCAGGUACAGUUUGGCAUGGAUGCCAUCCAGUGUUCUCUGUCCCACCACCUGUUGUUGAGCCAAUUUGUGAUCCUGAGUUGGAGACAAAACUGCAGCCUGAUGAAUCUGGAAGCCCAAGUUCAGCAAUUCUGCCAGUGGAAAUUGACAAUGUAGGGGAGGCAGGGAAAGAAGUGAAUCCUCUACCAUCAGAGGAAAUACAUAAUGCAGAUGAAGUAGCUGAGAUAAGGUUGGAGAAUACAAAGGAAAAUGGUCAUCCAAAUCUGUCUAACGUCGAAAAUGCUCUUAGUGAACCUACUUUGAGCAGUAGUGAGAAUACAAAGGUGAGCAGUAGCUCAGACGAAUAUGCUGGAAACAAUGAUGAAAGGAAAAUUGAUGGAGAGAGAACUUUUAGUAUUUUGAUCAGGGGGAGAAGAAAUCGAAAGCAGACCCUUCGAAUGCCAAUAAGUUUGCUCAGUCGACCAUAUGGCUCACAGUCUUUUAAAGUUAUUUAUAACAGAGUACUCAGGGGAAGCGAAACCCCAAAGUCUUCCAGCUUUCCUUCAAGAGAUGACUGUACAGCUAGUGCUACGUAGCCCAGUCUUUUCUUCUUUGUACCAGUCAAGCAUAGCAGGAUUGUUGAGAGAAAAAGUAGAAGAUACAGACCUUCAUUUAUGCUACGUGAAAGGGAAAAAGGUGUCUUGGAUUAUCCUGGCUCUUAUAAUCAUGAAGUGCCUUGUCUCAUCGGUUCUUGAUUGCACCACCUUUUGGAAAAAUUCAGAUGUGCUUUUAUUUGAGUUAAUCUUAAAUCAGCAAAAGGAAAUUGGUGAUGAAGGAAUAUAGGAUGGUUUCCCUAUGUUUACAAUAGGGAAUUUGAUGGACUUUAAUGGAUCAACUUUUGAGGUGACAAUUUUGGUUCUUAUAUGGUUAGGAAAUUUUAACAAAUUGGUCACAACAUCUACGGACUUGGUUUUUUUCAAUUUCCCCUCCAUUCCCAUGGGAAAUAAACUUGAUAAUUAAUUUGGUUCAAUCAUAUAUGACUUCAUUAUUUUUUUUGCU